AUGGAACACAGCCAAGAUAUGAACAUAGGUCUGACGCUAAAGCCUGUGCCCUUUUUGCAUCUCCAAAUUACCAGGACCCUCUCCCCAGGGUUCCGGACCCCCAACCCCGGAUAUGCUCCCCCAGGGCCAUCCAGUGGUUCUACCUCCAGGAUUACUGAUUUAGCCUCUUCCCCCUCCCGCUCAGGGCUGCCCCCAGACCCCGACCUCCAGUCCCGCCCGGGUGCUGCCCCCGCGCCCCCGGCCGCCCCCCACCGGGGCGGGGCGCGCGGAGGCGGGGGCGCGCUGGCGGCCGAGGCGGCGGCGGCGGCGGCGAAGGCAGGCGGGCCGGGCGCGUGUCCGCGGCGCCGUGACUCGGCGGCUCCGCAGCGGCUGCAGCGGGAGGACCCGGCCGGAGCCGCCGCCGCCGCCAUCGCAGCCGGGCGGCCGGGCCCCGCCGCCGGGAUGCCGAGGAGCCGGGGCGGCCGCGCCGCGCCGGGGCCGCCGCCGCCGCCGCCGGGCCAGGCCCCGCGCUGGAGCCGCUGGCGGGUCCCCGGGCGGCUGCUGCUGCUGCUGCUGCUGCCCGCGCUCUGCUGCCUCCCGGGCGCCGCGCGGGCGGCGGCAGCGACGGCGGGGGCCGGGAACCGGGCGGCGGUGGCGGUGGCGGUGGCGGUGGCGGUGGCGCGGGCGGACGAGGCGGAGGCGCCCUUCGCCGGGCAGAACUGGUUAAAGUCCUAUGGCUAUCUGCUUCCCUAUGAUUCACGGGCAUCUGCGUUGCACUCAGGGAAGGCCUUGCAGUCAGCAGUCUCCACUAUGCAGCAGUUUUACGGGAUCCCAGUCACCGGUGUGUUGGAUCAGACAACGAUCGAGUGGAUGAAGAAACCCCGAUGUGGUGUCCCUGAUCACCCCCACUUAAGCCGCAGGCGGAGAAACAAGCGCUAUGCCCUGACUGGACAGAAAUGGAGGCAAAAACACAUCACCUACAGCAUUCACAACUAUACCCCAAAAGUGGGUGAGCUAGACACGCGGAAAGCUAUUCGCCAGGCUUUCGACGUGUGGCAGAAGGUGACCCCACUGACCUUUGAAGAGGUGCCAUACCAUGAGAUCAAAAGUGACCGGAAGGAGGCAGACAUCAUGAUCUUUUUUGCUUCUGGUUUCCAUGGUGACAGCUCCCCAUUUGAUGGAGAAGGGGGAUUCCUGGCCCAUGCCUACUUCCCUGGCCCGGGGAUUGGAGGAGACACCCACUUUGACUCCGAUGAGCCAUGGACGCUAGGAAAUGCCAACCAUGACGGGAACGACCUCUUCCUGGUGGCUGUGCAUGAGCUGGGCCACGCGCUGGGACUGGAGCACUCCAGCGACCCCAGCGCCAUCAUGGCGCCCUUCUACCAGUACAUGGAGACGCACAACUUCAAGCUGCCCCAGGACGAUCUCCAGGGCAUCCAGAAGAUCUAUGGACCCCCAGCCGAGCCUCUGGAGCCCACAAGGCCACUCCCUACACUCCCCGUCCGCAGGAUCCACUCACCAUCGGAGAGGAAACACGAGCGCCAGCCCAGGCCCCCUCGGCCGCCCCUCGGGGACCGGCCAUCCACACCAGGCACCAAACCCAACAUCUGUGACGGCAACUUCAACACAGUGGCCCUCUUCCGGGGCGAGAUGUUUGUGUUUAAGGAUCGCUGGUUCUGGCGCCUGCGCAAUAACCGAGUGCAGGAGGGCUACCCCAUGCAGAUCGAGCAGUUCUGGAAGGGCCUGCCUGCCCGCAUCGACGCGGCCUAUGAAAGGGCCGAUGGGAGAUUUGUCUUCUUCAAAGGUGACAAGUAUUGGGUGUUUAAGGAGGUGACGGUGGAGCCUGGGUAUCCCCACAGCCUGGGGGAGCUGGGCAGCUGUCUGCCCCGUGAAGGCAUUGACACAGCUCUGCGCUGGGAACCUGUGGGCAAGACCUACUUUUUCAAAGGCGAGCGGUACUGGCGCUACAGCGAGGAGCGGCGGGCCACGGACCCUGGCUACCCUAAGCCCAUCACCGUGUGGAAGGGCAUCCCACAGGCUCCCCAAGGGGCCUUCAUCAGCAAGGAAGGAUAUUACACCUACUUCUACAAGGGCCGGGACUACUGGAAGUUUGACAACCAGAAACUGAGCGUGGAGCCAGGCUACCCGCGCAAUAUCCUGCGUGACUGGAUGGGCUGCAACCAGAAGGAGGUGGAGCGGCGGAAGGAGCGGCGGCUGCCCCAGGACGACGUGGACAUCAUGGUGACCAUCAACGACGUGCCAGGCUCCGUGAACGCCGUGGCUGUGGUCAUCCCCUGCAUCCUGUCCCUCUGCAUCCUGGUGCUGGUCUACACCAUCUUCCAGUUCAAGAACAAGACAGGCCCUCAGCCUGUCACCUACUAUAAGCGGCCAGUCCAGGAGUGGGUGUGAGCAGCCCAGAGCCCUCUCUAUCCACUCAGUCUGGCCAGCCAGGCCCUUCCUCACCAGGGUCUGAGGGGCAGCUCUGGCCACUGCUCACCAGGGCCAGCAGGGCCCUAGGCUGGGGUCGUACAGCUGAAGUGGUGGGUGCAUUGGCCUAGGCUGAGCAUAGGGCAGGGAAUUAUGGGGGCUGUGCCCAAGGAUGGGUGUCUGGCACCCAGCUGCCAGCCUUCUGUCCUGGGCAAACUACUCCCUACUUAAGGGAAUAGGCCAGGCUCCAUCCGGAGGCAGGGACCAUGCCAGGAGGAGCCCCUGUGGUCACGGCAUCCCGUGGUGUCCAUGAGGUACCAAAGCUCCACUCCUGGCUGGAACCCAGCACCCUCUGUGGGAAGCCAGCACUAGCUCUCAUCCCCCAUCCAGGAGAUGCCACCAGUCCUGGUCCCCUUUUGCUAACAACUGCUGGUCAGAUGUCCCCCUACCCCCACCCCACUGUCCUCCAAGGCUACAGGACCCCUGCUUCUGACACAGUGGCAACAAGCCUGGGUUUCCCUGCUGGCAGACGGCAGAUCCCUCAGGAAACCUGCUCCACUUGUCAGGGUCUCUUCGGAGACCCAGGAUUUAGGGUCACAUGCUGCAGGCAGGGCUGUGGCCCAGCUGGGUCUGACAAGGACCCAGCUGUCACAUCGUGAAUAUUUAAAUGUCCUGUCACUACUGUUUAAAGUCCCAUUUUGCAAAGGCUGCUUGAGGCUUUAGGUGAACUAGAGGUGACUGUCUUGGUGAUGAGGCCAGCAUAGUGGCCCUCCCCCAGGCGACAAGGACCAAGGUGCUGCUAAGGCCACUCCAGCGCCCAGACACCCCAGCAGCUGAGCUCUUGUCCUAUGGCUACAGAGCUGGGGCAGAAGCUGACCCCAUUUCUGGAGGAAGAUCCAAGUUUGUGACCGUCCUCCACUCCCCUCUAUUGUCCCUGUCCCCAGCUUUGCUCCAGUCUGUCACUUGCAGCCUGGGGCUCAGCCUCACCAAUUAGGUGAGGCAGAGAUGGCUGCAGGGCCAACACUGGCAGAGCCUGGGAGUCCUUCGGAAGGGGACCAGGGCAUCUGAAGUGCUCAGCGCCCCCACUACUCCGAGGCCGACUCCAGCUACUCUGAGGCCGACUCAAUCUCUCGGCUGGAAGCAGUGUUUUCCCAGAGCUUGGCCCUUGCUGACCUCGCUCACUGGGCCCAUCUUCCCACACUGCUCUUAGAAGGGCACCCCUACCGGUAGCAGCCUCAAGCCGAGGGAGCUCCCUUUUUGACCUUCACUGGCCCGCCCUUCACUGUCUCUGGCAGGAAUUCCUAGGGCUUGGCCUGCCUUGCUCCAGUACAGCGGAGGCAGCCCUGCUUGUCACUGAAGAGCCCUGGACAAGGCCAAUGGGUUCAUCAAUGCCCACUGGCUCUCUGCCAAAGCCAAAAAGAGGUGUCAGGCAGUCUCCAGCGUGCUGGCCGGGUCUCAGAUGCCACCCCUGCUCACUGAGCCUGCAUGGGCCUUGCCCCCGACCCUGUGGUCUCUGGGAUUGGGGUCGGCUUACCCUGUAGCACAGACAGGGACUCCUGCUGCCCUGGGAGCUGUCUCAAGCAAAAUCUCUUGUCCCAGAGGUGCCCGUGUGGGUCCGCUGUGUCCCAUCAUCAUCCUUGUUUUUUCUCAUUUUGGCCAAGGGCAGGCUCCCUGGGACAGGCAGGGAACAACUGCGGAGAUAUUAGUGAUUCAUAGGUUUGUACAGUGUUUUAUACUUUGCAAAGCACUUUAUUAGCUCACACCUGUCCACUCACAUGAAACUCGUGUUAGGCCCUGGGAGGCUGACGGUAACUCUCACUGUGCCCUCAGAUGAAGCACAGAGAGGUGGUUACUUGCCCGGGCCAACCAGUGGGCUGGCUGGGUCUUGUGUCCCCAUCUGUGGACCCCUCCAGGGUAUGAGAUGAGAUGAGAAGUGUCUCCUGUAUCCACCUCUUCCUGGCCUCCUUUCCCCCACUUCCUGGUCCCUGUCCACUCCUCAGGUUGGUGCUCUCACUUCUUGAAAGCUCUAGGCACCCCCGCCUCCCGCCAGGCUCCACAUUGGCUCCUGGCAGGCCAGCUGAGAAUGAACAGGAGAUGGAGGCAGGCAGCCCAGGCUGCAGAGGUGAGGGAUGUGGGGCCAGGCGCAGAGGGCUCAGCCUAGAGGCUUCCAAUCUCAGAUUCUCCUGCCUGUGGUCAUCUGUUUGUCCAUCACCCCAGGACAGGGCAGACAGAGGGGCAAAGCACUGGGGGCCCCAGAGCCUAGCUUCCCCUCAGCCUGGGGGACAUCACAGCAUUUCAGUGUCAGUCACAUUUUAAACUGAUCAGCCUUUGUAUAAUGUUUUUUAAAUCAUUUCUAAAUAAAACAGAAAUACAGAGUGUGUCAUUUCCCUGGGAUGAGGGAACAAAGAUCAGGUUCCAAGAGUAACCUUAAGACGCUCUGGGAGGAGAACCGGGUCCUUUGGGGUGUCUGGGAGCUGCCCACGCAUCUCCUCUGCCAGACCGGCAGUCAGAUAUCCUCCCUCUACAACAGGCUGGCCCUGGGGGCCCAGGGUUAUUGGGGUUCCAGGAACACAGCCUGAUGAUGCCUCCUUAGGAUCCAGGAUGGGGAGCAGCCCCCCUCAGGAGUAUGGGGAGGGUCACUGUGGCAAGGGCUUCUCCAAAGUCAAGGCCCCUGGUG